AUGUUCUCCUUUUUGGGCACACACGACCGCCGCGCUUUGGCUAUCGAACGAUGGAAUUUGAGGAACAACUAUUCUUCUCCAGACGGUCAUCGUUCCUUGCCAACACUCAGAAUACUGCUUCAAAUGUAUGAGGAUAUGGACAACGACCUCGAAUCGCUAAUUGAUCCCCUCACCAAGGACUUCCAGACCUUCCACCCUCUGCCCAUCAUGCCCAGCCUGAAUGGCGAUAACGAUAAUCAUCGAGGUCCGGCCGCCUCUCCAACUCGUCCUGCUCCUCAUCCUCAAAAUUCGGAAUCAGAGCCAUCAUCAAGUGGAGUAGAUCAUAUGAUUGGCCUAGAUCGUCGCCAGUUCAUCUACCGCCAUUCACUCUACGUCAAACAUAUCCCCUCUAAUCGGUACACCAGGUUCUAUCCUGUCUCAUCCAAGCACUUCAUCGAAGACAGAUCCAAGCAACCGUCCCCACGCGCCAAACUUGAUGGUCCAGCUGCCAAGCUCAUCACCCGGACCACCCGCUUCCUCCAACGCGAACUCAGAGCGAUCGAUCCCGUACUCUUGGCCCAUCCUAUCAACCACUCCAUCCGAGUCAUCCUCGUCAUUCUCCACCAGGUAGACUCCAACAGUCCUCAAGCAGUUCAUCUGUUCAGUCAGCUGAUCAGUGACUCUCAACUAGCUCAACACUUUUCACAGUAA